GCGUUAUCUGAUGUUUUAAUAUUUUGAAGGUACGUCAAUUUGACGAUUCUAUAAUGUGUAAUCCGGUAAAUAUCUUGUUUUUAGAAAGUUUUUACCAUGAGGGUGUUAUUUACGUUCAACAUUGUGUAUUUAAAUAAGUUUAUAAAGUGUAGUGAAAGGCUUACAGAUUGUAUUGUUUUGUUUGUGAUUUCCGAUAAUUUAGCGAUCCAUUGUCAUUUAAAAAAAUAAUUUUAAUAAUAAUGAACUGUUCCACACCGAAUUAAUGAAAGUGUAUAAGUUUUAAUACAAAUGGGAGUGAUAUAAACAAAUAAGCCGGUGCAUAGGAUAAGCGCCCGAAAAUCUGAUUGAUUUUUUGAGUAUACAUUAACAAUUGCGUUGGCUAACAUGACAGAUACAAGACGAAGAGUCAAACUUUACGCUCUGAACGCAGACCGACAGUGGGAUGACAGAGGAACGGGCCAUGUGUCGUCAUGCUAUGUGGAAAGGCUAAAAGGAACAUCAUUGCUGGUCAGGGCAGAGUCUGAUGGUACACUCUUGCUGGAAAGUAAGAUACAGCCUGACACAGCCUACCAAAAACAGCAGGACACUUUGAUAGUAUGGUCUGAGGGUGACAAUUUUGACUUAGCAUUAAGUUUUCAAGAAAAAGCUGGCUGCGAUGAGAUAUGGGAGAAAAUAUGUCAGGUACAAGGCAAAGAUCCAUCAGUUGAAAUAACACAAGAUAUAGUUGAGGAGUCUGAAGAUGAACGCUUUGAUGAGAUGUCAGAUAGUGUUCAGCCUGUGGAACUACCAGCAUGUGAAAUGGGAAGAUUAGAGGACAUAAGUGAACUAGUGAACAGCUGUCUUGUCUCACCAAACAGGAAAGACAAGCUAGCCGCAGCCCUAGAGACCCAGCACUAUAUAAAGAAACUGCUUAACCUCUUCCAUAUGUGUGAGGAUGUUGAAAAUGUUGAGGGUUUACAUCAUCUCUAUGAGAUAUUUAAAAGUAUAUUCCUCUUGAACAAAAACACUCUUUUUGACACAAUGUUUGCGGAUGACACAAUAUUUGAUGUUGUUGGUUGUUUAGAGUAUGACCCCAGUUUACCACAGCCCAAAAAGCACAGAGAGUACCUUAGGGAGCUAGCAAAAUUCAGAGAGGCCAUUCCUAUAAAGAAUAAAGAUUUGCUAGCAAAAAUACAUCAGACAUACAGAGUACAAUAUAUACAAGAGAUUGUUUUACCGACCCCCACAGUUUUCGAGGACAAUCUCCUAAGCACAUUGUCCAGUUUUAUAUUUUUUAAUAAAGUAGAAAUAGUGAAACUUAUAGAGGAGGAUGAGAAAUUUCUAACAGAUCUAUUCAAAAUGCUUAUGGACGAAAAAACCGGAGACACUAAGAGGCGAGAUUUGGUUCUAUUUUUAAAAGAGUUUUGUAAUUUUUCACAAAAUCUGCAACCACAAGAUAAAGAUGCUUUUUACAAGACACUAGUUUCACUGAGGAUCCUGCCAGCUUUAGAGAUAACACUAAGCAUAGAUGAUCAGAAAACCAAGACUGCAUCUAUAGAUAUUUUGACGUACAUAGUUGAGUUUUCACCAUCUGUUGUCAGAGACUAUACAUUACAACAGGCUAACAAUACAGAAGAGGAACAAAUGUUAUUAAAUAUUGUGAUAGAACAGAUGCUUAGGGAUCAGGACCCUGAGCUGGGUGGUGCAGUACAGCUAAUGGGUGUCCUACGUAUCUUACUUGAUCCAGAAAGUAUGCUCGCAUCAGUAAAUAAGAGUGAAAAGGCAGACUUCCUUAAUUUCUUCUACAAACAUAGCAUACAGACGCUUAUAGCACCAUUACUUGAGAACACAAGUGGGGAAAAGCCAUUAAAAGAGGACUAUCACACAGUACAGCUUUUGGGCCUGGUGCUCGAACUACUAUCAUUCUGUGUAGAACAUCACACUUAUCAUAUCAAAACGUGCAUAUUAAAUAAGGACCUCCUGCGUCGCAUACUUGUGCUUAUGAGAUCGACCCACACAUUUUUAGUCCUCGGCGCACUAAGGUUUAUGAGGAAAAUAAUUGCACUAAAAGAUGAAUAUUACAACCGAUACAUUAUAAAGGGAAAUCUAUUCGCACCAGUCAUUGACGCUUUCCUUAGAAAUAAUGGCAGGUAUAAUUUAUUAGAUUCUGCCAUACUAGAGUUAUUUGAGUUUAUAAAGUUGGAGGAUAUCAAAUCGCUGUGUUCGCAUGUUGUGGAAAACUAUGGCAAGAUCUUAGAGGAUGUUGAAUAUGUACAAACGUUUAAGGCUUUAAAGACGCGAUAUGAACAGCAUCAGGACAAAUUAAAAGAAAGGGAGAGAGAAUACAAUGUUCCAGUGAGUGGCAGCGUGGCAGUAACGGAAGCGGUAGUGCCAUCGCUGCUGCGCACGCGCUACAGACGGGAAGCACGGCAACCUGAUGAGGAAGAGGAGAUGUGGUUCAACGAUGAUGACGAGUUAGAGGACGAAGCGCCGCUGGACUCCGCGCAGCCACACACUCACACGCACACGCAUCACGCGCUAGACGCUAUCGGCAAAAUAGUGGAAAAGAAGGUGUGCUCUAGCACCGAGAGUGCUAACGGCCCACGCGUGCUGCUGGGCGCGGCCAAACCGCCGCACACCGACGCUCAGGUAUCCGCGCCCAGAUUACUGAAUAAGGGUCUGGUUGACUACGACGGCGAUUCAGAUGAAGAAGAAGAGGGUGGCGCGUCUAGUGGCAACCCUAGCAGCUCCAGUUCGACGGAAGAGCGCGACGCGAAACGACCGCGCCUCGCGUAGUGUCAGACCAUUCCACCCCUGAACGUUUCAAGGAAUAUAACCCACAGUCUCGCCCCACUGUGCAGAGGAGUGCCGUGAGAUUACAUACUAUUUAUUACCGAGAGAACGGACGUGAAUGUCCUUGUAGUACAUAUUAUAUUUUUUGGUAUCCAUCGUCUAGGAGCAGAUUUAGUAGCGUCGCGGAAGUUAAUUUUAUGAAUUAAAACCUAAAGGGAUGGUUAAAAUCUGUACGGGAUAAUAUAAGAUCAAAUUAAGGAGGCUUUAGAUUGGCUUGAAAUGACUAUCCCACUUCUGAUGUCUAAAUAUUCUGAAUUAUGUACAUAUGUACCUUUUUUUGGUAGCCAUCUUGUAGCAGAUUUAACAGAGGUGAGUUCAAAGGAAAGGACAGUAAGUUUACUGUUUAAUAUGUAGUAUAAAAGAAACUGAUUAAGUCAAAACACAAAGUUACCAUCUCAUCGUAACUGAGAAUUUUGGUACUGUACAUUAUUGGUAACAAUCGUCUAGGAGCAGACUUUCUAGCAUUGCGAUAGUCGUAUUAAUUGUUUAUUUAUCGUAUGUAAAGAAACAAUGAAAUGCUUUGCGUUACAAAAUCAAACGCACCUAGCGUGACCAUCCCACUUCUGAAAUGGGACAGACAAAAUAAAACUUAUUCAAGGAAUACUCCAUAUUGUAUGAUAUAAUAUGGCUAGAGUGGUGGCUAGGCUAGGCUGCAUUGGUUUUUGGGUACUCCAUCUUCCGUGCGCCGGUAAAUAUAAUAGCCCAGAAAAAGGACACAAAAUUAGAUUUAGAGUUUAUAUUAUAUUACAGUCUCGUAUUGGUUAGUUCGACUGCUGAUUGCAGGGACAUAGUUUUAAGGGGAUGCGCAAACCUAGUCACAUUUUUUCACCGAUAUGGGAUUAGUACACAGGAAAUAGAAUGCAGUGUCUGGUCACUGUAACUGGCCCCCAUUCACAAACAAAUGUUAUGUUUAAGUUUUCCCAAGCUGUUUGAUAUAGAGUUCUUAAAUUUAUUUGUUUCGAAACUGGUGUAACCUAAAUAGGAAACCAAAUCCUGUACUCUAUACUGAUCCUAUGGGCGGUUUCUGCGUAUGAAGCAUUGAAUACAUACUAUAUACGCAACCGUGUCUAAAAGUGUCUACUACACGUUUGCGCAGCGCCUUAAGUUUGUUACGGCCACUAUAAAAUGUAAAUACAAAUAAAGUGACUCGAUUUCACUUGUAGUGUUUGAAGAGGUUUUAUAUGUUAUUUUAGUGUAUUAUGGUCUGAGAGCUGGUGAAAGGUUUGUUAGAAGCGCAUUUGCAAAUGCGAUUUCUUGACAUUUAGUGCUAUAAGUUCAUCAUCUCGAACGUCCAGCAUAUUCGUUUAUACUUGGACAAAGUUGGUGUACCCAUAGCGACAGUCACAGACUUGCAUAAGCAUAAACUUGGAAAGCUACAUUAUUUUACAGGCCGUCAAUACAUACAAUUUCUUCAUUAUUACCAUCCUCAGUCUAUUAAUGUCAAUGGCAUGGUACGAAUCAAAUUUUAUGACUUCUGGAACUACUUGCGUUUCGAUGCGCAGAGUUUAAAAUAAAGUUAGAAUCGAACUACAAUGGAACAUGUCUUCUCCGUCACAGGAGAAGGAUUUUGAGCAUUACAUAUAAACGUGGAAUAACUUGGUACUUUUAUUCAUUGUUUUGUCACACUAACUGAUGCCAAGCUACAAAUGUCAGAGCUUGACAAAUCACUGAAUAACUGCUAUUCCGACGUCAUUCCAUGUUUUAUACAGUUGAAACCCUCGAAGCUGUUCCCGUGCAUGUUUGACGGUCUUCAACAAUUGCAAACAAAUCGUUCACCACCUCUCCACCUGUAGUGAUAAUUGUAAUCAGACGAAAAAAGUAGACUUACGAUCGCUUGUAUAGAAAAGAAAUGUGAGAUAAUUUCAACGUUUAGUUUACGAUUAUUCAUCCCUAGUGUGAGUUUUUAAAGUGACCUAGGGCUGAUUUUUCAAUCAUUCAUUUACCGGUUUUAGUUAUAAAUUUUAUAGAUUUCCUAGUAAAAUUAUUCCUUAGUAAAGUUCAUGUGGCGAUUGAAAAAUAUGCCCUAAAAAUGGUCAAACUUUAGCGUCCAAUCUCGUCUGCGGUGGCAUGAUUUCAAGGAAGAGUGGCAUAUUACAAGAGUUGAUAAGACCGGCGCUGUCUGAUUGAACGUAAACGCAAUUUUGCACGCAAUCUCGGACGCAGGUUUGAAGCCUUAGUAAGUUAGGUCCCAGCUUAGCGCGAGUUUAAGAGUUAUAGUUAACGUAUAUAUGACACUUUGUGUGGACGACCAUAGACACUAUCAAAGUAAUUUGCCAACACUAUACUAAGCUUAAAAAUUAUCAAUGCCUCGUAUGUUAACUUAUUAACUUAUACUAGGGGCACUAACGGUUUUUAGCUGUUGUGAGAUGUUAUUACCUCCUCUAAAAACGGUUUAAUCUGACUGGUGUUCAUAAUAUUUAUGGAAAAGCAUAUAGCUGAUUCGUGCAUAAAAUCCGUGCUUUAUGAUUGGCUAAAAUAUGUUCGUCAACCAAGUACUAUGACAUCUUACAUAUUAUUUGGUCGGCCCGAAGUUUGCUCUUUAAUAUCAUUGAAUUCGAACUCGAUGGCACUCACCGAAAUUAUUUGGUUUGCAAACUUUGCUUACUUUUGUUGCGCCAGCGUAUGCCACGCAAGCACAUUCUUUUGCGAAACCAAAAAUUCUAUCUAUAUAAGCACAUUUUAGGAAUUCGUUUUUACGUCGUCAACAAUUUUUGUUUGCAAACAAAUGCGCGUGCGUAACGAACUAUCGCGCACGUAAAUUAGCAUAAAGCGUAUUUCUUGAGAAAAUUUCUCUUAAAAACAUUAUUUUUGCAGCCCAUCGUUACUUUGAGUCAGGUCAACUUAGUCCGCUUUUACCAUUGAUGUAAAUUAAAAAAAUUGUAUUACUUUUACUUCGAGGAUAUUUACGUAUUUUACCUCGGAGGUAAUAACCUCGCACUAAAAUGUAGUGACUAAAAGUACAAAAGGGUUCAGGAUAAUGGGAUUUGUGUUUAAUUCUAUUAGAAAUAUCGGUCUCCGUGAGUUAUAAAUUAUUAAAUGUAUAUACUAAACUAUGUGCUUGUUUGACACAACAAAAACAGAAUUGUUCUAAAGCUGAUCUCAACAUGACUUCAUUUGUCUCGAAAGUAUCUCGUAGUCAAGUGUGAUCGGUGUGUGCUAUGGCGUCAUUUUAUUUUUUGGUUAUGUUAAAGAGACAUUCCCAAUGUACUUCUAACGUUAUACCUGUCUCACAUAUGUUUAUCUAUUUUUUAGUCAUCUUUAAUUUAAUUUAAUUUAAAAUUUUUGUCCAGAGCUUAUCCUUAGAUCUCGUUUCUGAUUCCUGUCAUCUUUUCUACUACUGUCUUACACUGCUCGCCCAGGAGUGUUGUUCUUUAAUUUAAAAACCCCACCGCAUUGGUUAACAUUGCAACUUAUACCGUGGGUACUGAUAUUCUAUGACAUUCAAUUCUUUACUUCACACUUGCAAAAGAAUGAAGUACGUACGUCAGAGAUAUGAUGACUUCAUUAUAAUGACUUCAAAGUGAUUUAUAACUGUUAUUUUUAACGUUAAACAAUGCAUAAAAUUUGUUUAUUCUACGCAUUACCAGUUUUAGAAUGAUUCUGUUAUAUUAUAAUGCUGGAUAUCGUCAAUGUUUACAAGUAUUUAUCUCUCCGCAAUAUUCGCUACGCAUAUAUGCCUCUGUUUGGAUCAAUAUUAUCAGAUUUGGUUUACGUGGUUCAUUUGGCGAUAAUUAGAUAGCACUGACCGAGAUGUAUACAAAUACAUAAUGAAUGAUCUGUUCACAUCUCUGAGCAAGUUUAUUGAACAUUAAUGGAAAAUACGUAAGUCCUGGAUAGACCUAAAAUUGAAUACUAUUAGAAGAAAAAUGAAGGAUUGCAAUAAUAAUGGUUUUCCCAGGGGUGGGUACAUUUUCAUUAUUUGAUAACUCUGUCGAAAUUUCGCAUACGUAAAAUGCCCGCAGAUAGUGAUGAUUCGUAUACGUAGCGCGUGGGUAUUCCGCACAGGCGGGGUAGCGACCAAUGUAAUUAAGCGGACAACGUUACGACAAAUGAAAAUGCUCCCAGUAUUCAUUUAAUACUGAAGUAGAUAGAACAUCGUUUCUUUUAUUAUAUUACGCAUUUUUUAUGUAAUGUAUGUGAUAAAAGAUAUCUGAUUGAGAACGGUUUAUUUUAUUACAAGAUUAACAUAGUUUUAUCAAUAUUAUUACACUGUAAAUAACAAUAUUAUAGAUUCUUUUUUAUAUCAUAGUUUAUGGCGAUCCAUUCAGACAUGCGCUGGUGUCAAGUCGUUCUCUACGCAAACAAGGACCAGUUUAGGUUCCACCAAUUUUAUAGUUGAAAGAUGGUAUGACACAUCAACUAUGAGACAAUAAAACAUUGUAUGAUAUUUACACGCUCGUGAUCUUAGAGUACUAUUUUUUUAUUGUCAGAACUCCUAAUUAACCUUGUUUUUGAAGCCGUAAUGGAGUCCAAUUUUAUGCCAGAGUAUGUAAAUCGCUGGUACAUAAAGUGUGACCUUGAAAUGAGAAAUUUUUGGUUAAUUUUAGUUUUGAAGCGUGCAAAUUUCAUACUCAUCUCUAAGAGUUGGUGGAAUCUACAGUGAAGAUUGUGAUGUACCAUAGUCUAUGUCCGUUUUCACAAAUAUUGCAAUGUAAUAAAAAAAAAAACAUAAAAUCCCCCCCCCCAGUUGGCAGGAUUGAGUGUACUCUAGUAACAUGCCAGAACCGUGUUCAAAACAUAAAGCUUUCAUCAAGCAUCCUCUCAAAAUUUGCCAGAAUCUGACCAGCUAUAAUAUCAUAUCAAGCACAGUCGGCAACAUGAUAAGGAAUGUAAACAAACUUUGAUGUCAACUGCGUGCGGGAGAAAGGGACAUUUGGUAUCUCUAACGUUUUAUCGCAUCGUUAACAUUAUGUAUCUCUUCUGGCUGGUAGUGCUAAAGCUAUUCAAGUGAAAUUGUUUUACCAGAUAUUUUGUUUGAGAACAUUUUAUAAGUGAUGACAAUUUUACAUACAUAACUAAAUGUUCAACAGCGAGAAAUGUUACGCACUAAAAGCAAUUUCGAUGCGCACCAAAAUAAACGAAUUAUUGACCAUUUAGACACCACGUAUUAACGGUCAAUAAUUCGUUAUUCGCUUUUAAUUGAACAUCUACUUGCGAAAUUUCGAACGAAGCGUAGACAAUUGUCUGGGAGUGGGCUAACAAAAAUUAUACUGUAUCCGUUUCAUCAUGGGAAGAUAAAGUAGAAAUAAGUAAUUUUCCACUCUUAACUUUUUAACGCAAACUAAUCGCGCGAUGUCAAAUCAAUUUUCAUAGCCAAUUAUAAUCAGUCUUUUGAUCUUAGUCCUAAUAAUAUCUUUAGUUUAAAUUUAAUUUUAUAUGGUUCCAGUGAUAGUGAAUUAUGCGAGUGAAUUAUGAAAUUGCUUUGCCUGAUGAGUCUUAAUUUUGCACGUUGCGUGCGAUGGAAUAGAGCAGUUGAAAUCUCCGUCCUUUAAUCUCGAACGCAAUAGCGUCGAUAUUUGUUUUCAUACUAUGAUAUGAUAUGAGAUGUUAUAUUGUUUGCCUUGCUGUAGUGAAACGACAAUGUCUUCUGUUGUCAAUUGUCUGGACGGUCGCCAUUAAAAUGGUCUGAUAUGCCAUCGCUUUACACAACAUCCACACGUGUGCCACUAAUUUCUCAUUAUAAUAGAGCGUGUUUAUAUAUUGACCGAUAAUUUUAACACGCGGCUGUACUAAAUAGGGAUCUUAUAUCUAUAAGCACUAAACAAGAAAAACAGAGUUUUUUGGUAUCCCUUAGUGUAAGAUUUGUAGUCUAAUUCACUAUAACGUCAGAUAAAAAUGGUACUUAUUUACCUGGCUGCAAUGCUCAAAUUCGUCCACACGGCUAUAGUCAGUGCGGAACAUACUAUGUAAAGUAAAAAUUGCAAGCACAGAAUUUUCGGCUCUAAAACGACCAAAAUUAAGCCCAUUUUACUUUAACGUUGUAGUGUGUUGUGCAAAUCAUACUAAGGGCAUAAUACGUAACGUUUUAAAUCUUUGAUAAAAUAUAAUAGUAGGCCUACUGAUGAUAUAUUUACAGAGCACUCAUUAUGUAAUGCACAUUGCUCUUGUAUUAUUCAUGAAUGUGUAGUUAUUAAGGCCUCCUACGUGAGCGAUUUACAAUGAAAAAUAGUAAAAUGAAUCUAACACUCCUUGUUUUGAAACUUUUAACAAGGACAAUUACGUUCAUUCUAUCUUGACCUUAUAUUGCACCGAUACUCGAUAAAUACGAAUGCUUGAGAAGUGUGUAAUCGUGUAAUCGUGUAAUCUCUUGAGUUUUAAACGUUUACCGGUAUUUCUUCACUUGUGCAGUAACGUUUUUCUUGAAAUAACUUUAUUCCUAAACUUCAUCGUUUUUCAGAACACCUCCGUAAUCGCAUUUAAGUAUCGAUAUUGUUUUUAUAGAUAAUGGAAAUUAACUGCCAAUUUUAUUUCACAUAUGCAUUCUUUAACUGUCCUAAAGAACUUGCUGAAAUAACCAAAAAUGUUCAUAUAAAUUCAGUCAUUUAAUAGUGACUUUUAUGAUAUCCUACUGCUGGGCAGAAGCCCUUCUCUAUUAUUGAAAAGGGAUAAAUAGGUCCGACCCUCCUUUGUGGGUUGGUGGGCUUCAAAAAUUGCCAAGGUGCCAAGUUGGUGUCAAGACUGUUGUACAAAAAUCUCUAAAAGAAGCUAAAAUAACAUGUCUAAAAGAAAUGCUAUCCUUUUCCACAAAGAGUAGAGAUGAGACUGGUGCAAAUUGUGUUGAAUACAAAACUAAAUUUAAUGGACAGGUAUAAAAAUAGCCCUUAUAUUGUGUUGUACACGUUAAAGGAUAGUACUAUUUUUAGACUGGUCAAUUAAGUUAAGAGAUUUGUGUGCAACAGAUCUCACAUUACCUUUAGACCUGUCAAUUUCGUUUCGGUACGAAUGAUUAUGCAUCAUUGUCUCACAAAUUCCAUCGCGUUUUGUAGCAUAGUAUAUCGCUCCCAUAGGACUAAGCUUUGAUCGCUUGAAAAUCUAAUGCAUGUUUAGAAAUCAUAUAAUUUAUUUGGUGUGUAAUUUUAACUGUAAUAUACGUGAUAUAUUUGUGUGAUUUUUUUUAUACUCAUCGGCUAUUUGUGGAAGACCUAACCGCUACAAUGCUGUAUUGUAUUUUUUUUUGUAUUAAAAUAGCAUGUGUAUCUGCCCUAGAAAUACAUAUCAAUUUUAUAUAUUUGACGAAGAUAUAUUGAUCUCUGUAUUGAUUACGACUAUCAUUUAUAUGUUAAAUUAAACAGUGGACGGAAGUGAUUAACAUAAUAUUUGGUCAGGUAUCACUUUUGUUUUAUUACAUAUUAAAGCUGAUAUAAUGCAAUAUGUUUUAUACGAUAAAUGAACAGUAAUAUUUGAAUUUGGACUUUUUUACUUACAUAAUAAGGUUGUUAGUUAUACUGAUUAGUAAAAGAGGACAAACGUUUAUACAAAAAAGAGAAACAGUGAACAAAAAAGAGAAACAGUUAUGAUACCUGUCCAAAAAAUUGAACCAUAUUUUCCUUUAUAUUGAUCUUCCAAUUAUUUAUAAUUCAUUUCGAUUGAAAUUAAAAUAAAAUAAGCAUUGAUGUACCAUGCACAGUAUAUGCGAGACUAAAAUUUAUUAUUACAUACGUGGUAUGGGUGUGUCAGAAAAAAUUGUAAAUAGACGUUUUAUGGUAAUACAUUAUUUUAAAGAAAUCUGUCGAAACAUCCACGUGUAUAAUAGCGUCUAGCUGUCAAUUAGAUUUAUACCAAUCUUAUAUUCCUUGAAAUAAUUUUCCGUAUAAUAAUUAUAAUAAUUAAAAAAAAAAUGGAUUUCUAGAUGAAAGUAGACUGUAACAACUAUUUUUUAUCUGUCUAGGUGGAUGACCAUCAUAAACUAAUUUAUACACAGAAUAAAAUAAAUAGAUUUACCUAUUGGCAAGUUGUGUAAAAUAAAUAAGCUUACUAUAAUGC